AUGGAGACUGUGUCCCUGGAGCAUCAGAUCCAGAGUGUGCAGCGGCACAUUGCCUUCUUGAAGAAGGAGCAGAUGGAGCUGCUUCGAGACCUGCACCUGGAGAUUCUGCGCCUGCAGAAGCACUGCUCAGAACUGACCCGUGACCUGGAAACCAAAGAGUCACAGUCAGACCAACAAGAGGAGGCGUCGCGGCAGCUGGAGGCCAAGUGCCGGGCGCUGGAGGAGCAGCUGGCGGCGCGGGAGCGAGGCAACGGCGAGCUGCGGCGGGAGCUGCGGCAGCGCGACGCGCUCGUGUGGGCGCUGCGCUCUAGCCUGCGCAGCAAGGAACGCCGCUUCCUGGAGGAGCUGCGACGCCGCAGUCACCGCGCCACCGUGCUGGGCACCGAGCUGCAGAAGCAGAGCGAGGCGGCCGCCUACCUGGCCUUUCAGCUGCACGCUGCCCGGCAGAAGCUGCACGGGGCGCCCCGUGCGGCCCCAGGCUCCGCUGCCGACGGGAGGUCCAGGAAACGCGGACCCCGCGCCCGCCGCCCACCGCGCCCGCCUUUGUCGCUGCUCCCCGAGCCGUGCGCCCUGGGCAGCGCCAGGGACUGGGCUGCCUGGGAGCUGGGCUGCAGGCUGGACGAGGCCGAGCCUGAGCCCAUGCCCGACCCCGCCCUCUUCCUCAACGCCCGCAGACCUCCGCGGCCCAAGACCCGGGACAACGCUCCCCCAACCUGCGCCAGCCCCCGCAAGCCUCCGCCCCGGGAGCCCCCAGAUGCCGCUGCGGCCGCCGCUGUCCCCGCCCAGGCCCGAUCCUGCAAGAGUCCGCCCGGGAGGCGGCCGGCCGCCCCCAGCCCAGACAGCACGGUCGACCUAGAGUAG